CAAUUAGCCGGCUAGCGUCGGCUAGCGUCGGCUAAUUGUUGAGCACAAGUGGGCAGCCGCCGUCCCCAUGACCAAUUUUGGCCAUUCGUUCCUUUCACUACGAUACUCACAAGGCGGGUCAUGGCGCCGGUUCAAGCGGGACAAGCCUCCCAACCUGUUGUGGCCGCAGCCGACACUCGAAGCCGCCAGCCCGCGUGGUGAAGAGGGGCCGGCCUAGCUAAAUCUCACCACCGGAGUCAGGUAACCGCCGCCGCCUGGCUUCCUGGCUUCCUAGCUUCCUUUCUCCUCCUCCUCCUCCUCCUCCUCUCACUCGCGAAGAGACACGGGGAGUACGCAGGUUAUCUAUCACUUGUUUUUAUUUGUAGUUUUCUCAUGUAGCGACCCAACUCCCCCUCCACUUUUUGGACCGCAAACCAUCUUUUCGUUGAUGGUCAAGCGCGUGAGGCGUUUUAAGAGCACUUGCUGGCUCAGGUGUUCAGGAAACUUCCUUGUCUUGUUUCCAUAAAGCUAGCACAACUGCAGCGAGCAUUUGUUUGGUUAUUUCCGCCACAUCUCUUGGUUUUAUUUGGAAGUGCACGCUCGGUUGGAUUUCCGCUAUCAGGCGAGCCGCAUGUGAGCCUCCGUUCAGCUCCAUACUUGAAACUCUACGGUGCCAGGAUGGAUGAGGCGGAGAAGUACCAACAGCGACUGGAGGCCAUCGCUGAGAAGCGGCGGCAGCAGGAGGAGCAGGAGAGAGCCAAGAGAGAGAUGGAGGAUGAAAAACUCAGACUGCAGCAGCUCAAGAGGAAGUCUCUGAGGGCUCAAUGGUUGAUGGAGGGAGCUCCUUUGUCCCCAUCCUCACUGGACUCCCAGAGCCGACGCUCCCCACUGUGGGCCUCUCAGGAGGUGGAAAAGCACAGGUUGCUAUCACAGAACGCGGGGUUUGCAGGGGAGGAUGAAAAAGAACAGAUCGCAGAGGACCAAACGGAACCCGUGGACAUGGAAGCAGGAGAUGUGGGGACAGUCGAGGAGGACAUGAAGGUGAUCCGGACACCAUCGCGGCGUGAAGGCUCGCCUGUUCUGAUCAACGGCGAAGGGGACUUGAAAUCAGGCCUCAAACAACACAGCGAUGACGCUCCGGAGAAGCCCAUCACCACAAACGGACCGAGCGAGAGCGUCAGGGUCGAGAAACACGGCCAGCACGUUUGUCAUCUAAGCCGCACGAAGGUGGCCGAAGGGAUCACGGUCAUGCGGGCCGAACGCGUCGUCAUCACGGAGGAUGAGGAGGAAGUUGCGCCGCGAGAGCAUCGCAAGUCCACCGCAGAGGGAGGUGUGACUGCGGAGGAGGCGCAAGUAGCUUCAGAAGCUUCCACAGAGUCUGCAGAGAGCGAGACGGGUGCGGCGGAGGAGCGAGCGGGGAGUACACACGAGGAGACGAAAGACGAGGACAUCAAAGUGGAAGCUUCAGCCUCAACGGGCGGUCCUCUCGAAGUCGCUCCGGUGGCUCCGGUGCCGGUCUACUCAAAAUCACAACCCUCUUGUCCUCCUCCAGAGGCACCGCAAGCCCGAGAGGAGGAGGAAGCAGCGAUCACGCCAGCAUCAGAGGCGACCGACGCGUCCUCAAAAGCCCAAGGCGACGCUGUCGCCACGCCCCCUCCUCCGUUCCAGGAAGUUCCCCUGGAGAACCACAGGACUGAGGCGCGAGCUGCCGAAGAGGAGCCCCUGCUGGAGGGGGCCAAAGCCCCCGACGCACAGGAUGAAGCCGCCCCCGAUAAAAAGUCCAAGGCGAAAAUCUGCCAGUGCUGCUCGCUCAUGUAAACUCAACAAAAAUAUUAACACAACACUUCCAGUUUGCUCUCCAGUGAUUGUUAACACUUUUAGUUGCUUUUGAUUUGAUUACAUUGAUCACAGUAGCCCCGAAGUUCACUAAACUCAGUUGCACUGACUUCAUUUGUUCACCGCUCCUUUAAUAAAACGGGUUUUAGUUCAGUGCCUGAUUGUUUUUUUGUUUGUUUUUUUUUUAAUGGCAUGCACUACAUCUUUUAAUAGUUUUAAAAUUCUACUUGCGCCAAAACUGGUUUAAAGUGUCCUUGGGUUCCAUUCAGGGCCCCAUUUAAGUUUAUUAAUCCAUGUCAUUAGGUCUCAUUGGACGCCCUAUAUACACAUAUUACAUUAAAUACUAUUAUGUGAAUGUUUAUUAUAGAAAACAUUUGUGAAGCAACUUAAAUUCAUGCUAAAUGGGAGCCAAGAAAAAGUGUUGCGUUUUUAUUUUUGUUCUCUCUAUUUUCUGCACCAUCCCAAUAUUAAUUUUUUAUUCGCACACAACGGGCACAAUUGGAGGAGGGUUUUUUUUUUUUCCCACCUUUUUUUUUGUUUUGUUAAAACCACCUGUUCAUUUUGGUAACAAUGUCUGAAUUUGUAUUAUCAAAAUCAACUCAACCCAAAGCAUUUUAAUGCAGUAAGAUGAAAAAGGCUUUAUUGCAAAAGAAUUCCUGUCCAUAAAUAAUUCAUUUUAGGGUAAAUAACAGAGUUUUCUUAAAAUGAUUUGAGUGUUUCAUAGAGGAUAUAUUUUAAUUGCUUUAAAGCUGAGUUAUUAAAUAGAUCUGGGAAUUGCUGGAUAGCUUUUGAUUUAUUACAGCUACUGUUAGUGGGGUUUUUUUUGGGGGGGGGGGGGGGGGGGUUAUAUAAUACAGGUUGCAUUUAUUUAUUUGUUCCAAUUCUGAAAACCAAAGUGUGCACUGGCUCUCACUGACAUUCCUCUGGGUCAACAUCUCAUUUUAACACAUUUUUACUGAUGUAUGACUUUUGUAUUUAACCAAAUCUCUGUACGUGCAUAACAAAGAGUUGUCAAGUUUAGAAACGACUGGAUUAAACAUUAAACUGACAUUUGACAA